AUGGAAUCGAAGUACACCAAAGUUCACCAAUCGCCAAAGGGGCCUGGCGAUGCACGUCCUACCGCGCUCCAAAUCGUCAAAGAUUCAGGCCGUGAAAAUACCUUGGCCGGUAAAGCUAUCCUCAUCACAGGUUGCUCAUCCGGCCUAGGUAUCGAGACCGCACGCGCACUCUUCCAUACUGGAGCGACAUUAUACCUUACUGCCCGCGAUCUAGAGAAAGCGAAGUCUGCAUUGGGUGACUUGGUGGGGAGCCCACGAGUCCAGCUUUUGCACCUUGAUUUGAACUCCCUGGAAUCUGUGCGUGCAUGCGCUGAGGAAUUUCUGUCACAACCUAACAUCCUGAACAUCCUGAUUAUGAAUGCUGGCGUGAUGGCGUGCCCUGAAGGCCGAACAGCAGAUGGAUUUGAAACCCAGUUUGGGACAAACCACCUAGCCCACUUUUUGCUGUUUUAUCUGCUUAAGUCUCGCCUCCUCUAUUCUUCUACUCCGGCUUUCAAUUCUCGGGUUGUCAUUGUUGCGUCCAGCGCCCACCGUGUCUCCUCCGUCCACUUCGACAAUCUAAGUCUAAAGGGCGAAUAUGAGCCUUGGAAAGCCUAUGGCCAGAGCAAAACUGCCAAUAUCUGGACAGCGAACGAAAUUGAGAGACUAUAUGGUGCUCAGGGCCUCCAUGCUUUCAGCGUGCAUCCUGGUGCUAUAGCAACAGAGCUUCUUCGCCAUGUGUCAGAUGAACAGAAAGCUGACUGGGCGAAGAAUGAGUCUCUGACGAACUAUUGGAAGAGCCCUGAACAAGGCGCUGCAACUAGCGUUUGGGGAGCAGUUGGAAGGGAAUUGGAAGGGACUGGAGGUAAAUAUUUAGAUGACUGUCAAAUUGCAACUCCGGCCGAUCCAUCACAGCGACAUGGACCGGGGUAUGCAGAAUGGGCAUACAGUCCAGAAAUGGAGGCAAAACUGUGGGCCAAAACCUUAGAUUUGCUUCAUGAAUGA